UGGAAGAAACCAGUGUUCAUUUCAUGCGUCACUUGGUUUUGUAAAGGUGGAGAUGUGAGAAACAUCUUGGAUCUUUUCAGGAGUGAAAUGUGUCUCUGCCCGGAAGAAUUCUCCUUUAAACGUCUCAGACUGUCACAUCCUUACUCCAGUGCGUUUACAACUUCGCCGGUGAGUUGAACAGUGGUUUAGAAUAAGUUACAUGAAUGUAGUUCUUUGAGAAACACUGGACAUGAUUUGCAUUGGGAAUUGCUUGAGGGAUAUUUUCAGUUACUACUACGUGGACGCCAAGAAUCGUAGAAGGACUUGCUAUUUCAAUAGUCAUUCUUCCAUCCUCAUAGAUUCUUCAUUUUGUGGCAUGAACCGCUUUUUCGAUAUCUGAACAGAUUAAUACUUAGAGUCACAAAACACCCAGCAUUAUUCAAACUCAUAUUGGAAAUAUGAUAAUAAACGCUAAGCAACACAUAGUUUUGAAAGGACUAGACACAAAUAACUCGUCUCCCCUUAGCUGUGCUAAUGACUUAAGUUUCCUUAUUAGUUUGAACUAGUUCGCUAAUAAUCCAUCGGGCACAUUGCCUUUAUAAACACCUCCCACCUGUGGCGCCCGCCAAAACCUCGAGAGCAAUGCUUAUAAUUAUGCGAAUGGCGUGCUGUCACGCGCGUUCGUCGCGCUUUGGUCUGCAAAAUCGACAAUAAAUCGAGUUGAAUUUAAUGUCCAACAUUUAGUGUUCGUAGCCCUUGAGAGAAUUGAAAUUAACUUUAAUCAGUACGAAGAAAAAAGGUAAUAUCAUAUAGAAUUAGUAAUAAGUCAGAAGCAUUUUAUACUUAAAGAUAAACAAACAAACAGAAUUUGCAUCUGUUUAACUACAUCAAUCGGCGAUGUGUGCAGAGCUGUACAGUUUUUGAAAACAUGUCAGUCUUUUCCGAUUCUUACCUCUUAUUAUGCCAGGAAUAUAUAAAUUAUCUUUGACUUUUCAAACGAUACUAAAGCAACUAAAAUUUGCAUCUGUUUAAGCGUCUUAUGCGCAAGCAUUAAAAGCACUUGUCAAACGGUUUUUCGUAUAGAAAUUACAUUGGCCCAUGUUCUCUUAUUGCUCUGUGGCAGGGAAAGAUAUAUGAUCUCAGUAAGAAGCAAAAACAAAUGUUCGUGCACGUAAUUUUAUGUACAUCAGCGCAAGCAUUGACGGUUUCGAUAUUUACCGAUUCGUAUAGGGGGAAAGUAAAAUGUCAAAAAAAAGAUUCAUGUACAAUCAAUUUAUUCCGAUUUGAUUAUUAAACAAGCAAAUAAAAAGUUACAUUUUUGUUAAACUGUGUGCCGGACAGAACAUUACAUAUGAAAUACCUUUUCUCAACAGUAUUAAACUGAGAAUGAAAGGACAGAAAGAAAUCGAGCAUUUUUCAUUUGCAUUUAUGUCGGUUGUAAAAUAGAGCCAUGUCGUCUUAUUACACAGUAAUUCAUUUAAAAACUUUUUUGGUGCGAGGCGGGGCGGGGGGGGGGGCAUCGGGGAAUGUGACAGUUUUUACCAUGCUACAAAUGAAUCCCCCCAAGGUGUACUUUGGGUAAUAGGGGAGCGGCGAAUGAUAUAGAUUUUGCUGAAUGAGAUGAAUGAAACUUAAAACCUUAUGGUUAGAAUAAAUAACGCUCAGUCUUAGUGAGUUUAACGCACAUAUAAAACAAAUAGAAUUAAACAAUUAAACAUUGAUGUUUGAUACUGGUUCGACGUUUUUCAAAUAUUUGAAAAAUAUUUAGUUUAAUUUUACAAACGUUUUAACGUACAUAUAUUUUCUUUUAGUUUUGCUGAGCAUAAAAACCCUUGCAGUAGUAGCAGUCUAGAGUGGAUUUCCAGUAAAUAUUGCUAAAAUUUAAGGAUGCUAUUACUGGGAAACCGCCAUUUUGAUAGAUUGCGAGUGCUCGUUUAUUCACAGUCACGGUAGACCGAGAGUAAUUUUACUUUUCGCUCGCUGGCACCGGGCUAUGAGGAAAGAAAAACGACCGCUCGCGGCCUAUGAUUUUGACUUUUCCAAAAUCCAAAAUAUUUUUAUUAGUUCCUUAUCUUUACCACUUUCACCGCUAUACUAAGUUUUACGUUUGGCUUAAAGAUUGAAAGGAUUAAAUACUGGCUCUUCUUAACUCCUUCGAUCCUACACAAUAUUAUGGCAAGAUUGUUUGUCACUCAAAGUUUUAAGUUUGUAGACGAAAUCCUAUGCGGUGUUACCAUUCAAAAGAAACCACUUUGGCAGAACUUUUGCAUUGUGCUAUUUACUUAGUAUGUUGUUCAAACGUUCAAGUCUGUGGAUGAAAUCCUUUUGUGCUACCAUUCAAAUGAAACCCCUUCAGCAUGCAUGGUACUAUUGAUUUAGUAUGUAGUUCUGACUUUAGAGUCUGUGGGUGAAAUCCUAUGGUGUUACCAUUCAAAUGAAACCUCUUUAGCAAUACUUUCACAUGGUACUAUUUAUUUAGUACGUAGUUCUAGCUUUUGAGUCUGUGGAUGAAACCCUAUGAUAUGACCAUUCAAAUGAAACCUCUUCAGCGGUACUUUCACAUGGUACUCUUUAUUUAGUAAGUAGUUCUAAUUUUUGAGUCUGUCGGGAUGAAAUCCUAUGGUGUUACCAUUCAAAUGAAACCUCUUUAGCGAUACUUUCACGUGGUCCUAUUUAUAUAGUAUGUUUUUCUAACUUUUGAAUCUGUGGAUGAAAUCCUAUAGUGUUAUACCAUUCAAAUGAAACCUUUUUGGUGGAACUUUUGCAUAUUACUAUUUGUCAUUUAGGAUUUUACAAAACAAAUUUGAUUUGUUUUGGAGGGGGGAGUGCUUUGCUUACUAAAAACCAUUACCAUCAUCAUCAGUGCUGUCAAGUACUAUGGCUACCCUCUUCGUCGUCAUCAUCAUCAUCAUCUUCUUCAAAGUAGUUACUAUCGCAAUCAAAAUCAUUAUCAUCAUCAUCAUCAUCACCAUCACCAUCAUCAGUGACUUCCAUCAUUUUUAGCCCAGCGCAGCAACGAACCUCAACAUACCUAGGAUGUGUAGAUUUAUGUUGUACUUUUUUUUUCUUUCAGUGGCUGCCACUUCCUCUGUUUCUCUUUUACCGAUUGGUCGCCGCUUUUUAUUUCCUGUCAUGGCUAAUCUACAGUGGCUUCAAUGACGGCGGCUAUUGGUUCAUUUACCUCAGCAACUGGGUCUUCACUAUCGUAACCGCUCAUUUCCUGCUGGCAAUGUUCAUCACCACACACUAUUGCUGCGGUGCGGGGGUCGAAGACGAUCCGGCGGGCUACGGACCUCGCCGCUUCAAGUCCGAAACUUACAUCGUAGGACUGUCUUCUGAAGACGAAGGCAACGAAUCCAAGGAACAGUCGUACGUUAAAGCCAAAGAUGAACACGACGAUUUGUCACUUUGGACCAAGGUAUCUUGGGUAAUCUUCACCAUAGCAAGUGUCAACAGCCUGGUGAUGACCAUCGCUUACUGGUCAGCAGUGUACACUCCUGGUGAGGAGAUCGACGGCGUGAGUGUAAAUGAGCACAUCCUGGCAGCGGUCUUCAUGUUGAUUGAAAUAACAAUCAGCAAUAUCCCAGUUCGCCUUUUGCAUUUUAUUUAUUCUCAUGUUUUCGCAUCCAUCUAUAUGCUUUUUACCGUGAUUUACUGGGGUGCAGGGGGAAGAGAUAAAGAUGGCAAUCGCUACAUUUACAGAAUGCUUAAUUAUCAGGAACAGCCAGGAACCGCUAUCCUCGCUGUGUUUCUUAUCCUGAUCAUCUUGCAAAGCGCAGUGCAUCUGUUCCUUUUCGCGUUGUUCAGAUUUAGAACAUGGUUGAUUUCUAAAUAUCCGCAGUAACUAAUUUCUUCCUUAAGGUGGAUUUCCAGUGUCGCGCAAUUUUUACGUGCGAACGCCCGUAAAUUCUACGCGCGUAAAUAAAAUAGAGGCCAUGUAGGAAAGGUCACUCUUACAGACUCCCUUAAACGUAAAAGUUGAAUCUCUCUUAACUUUUACGUUUACGCGCGACCUUUCAUAAAUUGCCUCUAUUUCAUUUACGCGCUUAAAUGUUAAAAACGUAAAAAUCACGGGGCAGUGCACGUGGAAAUCCACCUAAGCAAUAACUAUAUAGGGGAGAAGGUAAUGCCGUUGGCUGUUUAGACUACAUGUAUGUCUUCGGUUAACACCGCCACACCCUUGGGAAAGGGUAGACAAUUACUAGUUAUGGAUUAGGGAGAAAACUAUAGCAAAAUUUGUUUUUCACGCAUGAACUUUGACGGACCAGCUGCUCUUACUUUAAAGAUUGAACAAUCAUCGAUACCUUUUCUCACCAUACACAAAGUUAUUAUUUUAGUUCUAUUAACUAACCGAGACGAAAUAACCCCUGAAUAACAUGGCUUACAAUCAUUUAUCAGACUCACCUACAUCGAGUUGAAAGACUGUAGUUGUCGGAGAGAGAUGGUGAUACUAUCUUGUGUACAGUCUAUAAGGGUCUGUAUAGUCUUAAAAAUAGUGAGAGGUUGACCUGUGGAAGGGUAUACUUAUAUUACUGACCAAACUGUCUCUUCAUCGUUUGAACGCUAAUUUUUCUGGGCCAUUGUUGAGAUAUGUGAAACCACAUCGGCCUCACGAUGGAGAGACAAUCAUAGCCAGGUAUAGCAAAGCAGUUUUCAGUUGCCAAUGUUUUCUGUCAAGCAGUACUAGAUUUAAUUCAUAAUAAAACCUAGAAUCCCAAUGGGAAGUUCUGCUUGAGCAAGCACUACGUCUUCGCAAAAAAUUUAUCUUUGAGCACUAUACAGAGGGGUCGGCUUUUGCAAAUGCGAGGGUAAGCAUGGUGUUUCACUAAUAAGUAAUGGCUGAGACCAGAGAUCUCCAAAAACAAGGCAGCUAAAAGUAGCCGAAACCGAAACAGUAUGCAGUACUACUUCCAUGCCCUCAAAUGCCUGAAAUACUGACAAACUGAUGAGGAGAAAUGAGAGGAGGUCAGGGGCUUGUCAUUAUUUAAUUUUAUAGGAAGCUUAAGCAACGGCUAACGCUGAACUCCCCGACGUCAUGAAUAGCAACCGGAAGUUCGAUGUCUUGCUUGAUGGAACGAUUCUGUCUCACACAACGCAUCGGGAUGCCUUUGUUUUAACUCCACUCUUACGGAUUUUUCGAUUCAGAGCACUGAAAAAGAAAAAAUGCCAACUUCUAGUUGCCAUUUUUGACGUCCGGGACGUCAACGUUCUCGUUGCUUAAGGUCUCUAAUAACUUGCGCACGACAAGACACGUUUGAUGCUUUCUGUCACUUAAGGAAACACUUGAUUUGAAUAUUAUAUAAAAUAAGUUGUAUUCAAUGAUGAAGUACAAAAGUGUGUAUUGUAUUAAAC